AGCAGUGGCCUGCAGGGUAGGGGUAAAAGCACCAAGAAAAUCCACUUGCUUGUUCAACACGUGGGCCGGCCCUAAAGAGGUAUCUCGAAAGAAACUUUAAAUUUUAAGCUUAUCGAUCAGCCUCAACCAUCCAUCGCUGCAGUCUCGACGAACAACAUGUCUCUCAACCUCGUCGCCCUUGAGCAGCACCUGACCACCAGGUCUUACAUCGAAGGAUACACGCCCUCUCAGGCAGACGUCCACGUUUUCGGCUUGCUCACGGUACCAGAACCAUCGAAAUACCCGCACUCUGCUAGAUGGUACUCUCACAUCAAGUCUUAUAGCGCGGAGCAUGCAGAUUUGCCUGGCACCAGCACUGCUGGCCAGGCUUUCGUUCAAUCGGCAUCGGCGGCUACACCUGCACCUGCUGCCGCUGACGACGACGAUGAAGUUGAUCUCUUCGGUGAUGAUGACGAAGAAGAAGACGCAGAAGCGGAGAGGCUUAAAGCAGAGCGUGUUGCCGCUUACACGGCUAAGAAAGCUGGUAAACCCAAAGCAGCUGCCAAGUCUGUUGUGACGUUGGAGGUUAAACCUUGGGAUGACGAAACCGACAUGCAAGCACUUGAGGAUUCUGUGCGUUCCAUCGAGCAGGAAGGUCUUGUGUGGGGUGCCAGCAAACUGGUCGCUGUCGGCUACGGUAUCAGGAAGCUCCAGAUCACCGUGGUUGUUGAGGAUGAACUUGUUUCACUGGAUGAUCUGCAGGAGAAGGUCGCUGAAUUCGAGGACUACGUCCAGAGUUCUGAUAUUGCUGCCAUGCAGAAACUGUGAUCAUACUGGGGUGUUAAUAGUGCGAUUUUGUAAGCUGUGAUAAAGAAGUUAAGAGGAGGAAACGUCAUUGUAGGAAAUGAAAUGGUUUUGUGCGAUCCAAUCAUUGUAAAUGUGCGUGACGAAAGUGCUAGCGUUGUCUCGGUGAGCCAAUUAAACGAACGCACGCAUCAGACGCUCCUGGGGAGGCAAUGUCAC